UCUUCCGCCCUUCCCUUUUGCUUCCCUUCCACGACAAUUUCACGCCAAAAUAAUCCAAAAGAUUAUAAAAAAACAUCGAUGCGCAGCAUUUUCAUCCCCACUACGUCCCACCACGCCACAACACUCCGCCACACACACAAAACACCGCCUUUACUCUCUCUCUCUCCUCACUUUCUCUCUCUACCCACUCUGUUUUUCCAUGAGGGGUUCGCAUUCGAUCCCUUCCUAAAAGCUCCCUCUUCCUUUCUUUCAUUCUCAACUCAUGGCUUGCGUGAGCGAUGAGAGCUGGGUCGCCCUCCCCAAAAUGCUCUCCGACCGCCUCUCUCUACCGGAAGACGACCGCCGCGACGACGACGAUGACGACGACGACGACCAACCCGGGUUUUUCCGGUCCGAGUCCACCGCGUACAGGUUAGAGAAGGUUUUUCCGGUAUACGCAUUGGGGAUUCCGAAACCCGAGUCCGACCCGGUUGGACUUGCUUCCGUUUCGGGCGACCCGAUUUGGGAUGCCGUCCGCGAAGAGGCCAAGUUGGAGGCGGAAAAGGAGCCAAUUUUGAGUAGCUUCUUGUAUGCCAGCAUCUUGGCACAUGAUUGCUUAGAGCAGGCGUUGGGGUUUGUUCUCGCCAACAGACUGCAAAACCCGACGCUUUUGGCAACUCAACUGAUGGAUAUAUUUUAUGAUGUGAUGCUGCAUGAUAGAGAUAUUCAGCGAUCCGUUCGCUUGGAUGUGCAGGCAUUUAAAGACCGUGAUCCGGCCUGCUUGUCGUAUUGUUCGGCGCUAUUGUAUCUUAAGGGCUACCAUUCUUUGCAAGUACAUCGAGUAGCUCAUUCAUUGUGGAAUCAAGGACGAAAAGUAUUGGCCUUGGCGUUGCAAAGCCGAAUUAGCGAGGUCUUUGGAGUGGACAUUCACCCAGCUGCAAAAAUUGGAGAGGGAAUACUGUUGGAUCAUGGUACUGGUGUGGUUAUUGGCGAAACUGCUGUUGUAGGAAACAGAGUAUCACUGAUGCACGGUGUGAAUUUGGGGGGAACUGGGAAGGGAAUUGGUGAUCGACAUCCAAAAGUAGGUGACGGUGCACUAAUUGGAGCCAGUGUAACUGUACUUGGGAAUAUCAAAAUAGGUCGAGGAGCAAUGAUAGCUGCUGGUUCUCUUGUGCUGAAAGAUGUCCCUCCACACAGCAUGGUGGCGGGAAUACCAGCAAAGGUCAUUGGAUAUGUAGACGAAAUAGAUCCUUCGUUAACAAUGAAGCAUGAUGCUACCAAAGAUUUUUUCGAAAAUGUAGCGUGAAGGCAGUUUGUGGUCUUCAGAGAGAAACUGACUUAUUGUAUCGGCCUGAAGUAUACAAUUUCAUUAACCAUGUUCACUCUUCUGCUGCCUAUGCUGGUGCUGAGGUUCUUGUAUGAGCGGUUUUAAGUACUGGAGAUUUUAAUCUAAGCGCCUGAUUUUCUUCAUUUUACUACCAUAACAAAUUGGGAGAACCAGCAGCAAGAUUCUUUCGAAGUACCCAUGAUCCAGAAAGAAUGAAACCCCUAAUCGGAUGAGGAGAAGUUGAAGCUAGUUGGGGAUCGACCCUCGUUAUUUUUCUUAUUGUAGUCAAAAUGUACUGCCUUAAUGUAUUGGAUGCAACAGAAGAAUAGAAAUUGAUAGGAGUUUCCAGUCCGUCAUUUUAUUUUUCCCUGUUGGCGGGUGAACAAUGUGAUCUUUCCAUAUGUACUAAAUAGGUAACGUCAUUUUUGCUGCUAUAAUCUCUUUACUUGGAAUACUUUUUUUUCGACUGAGAGACUCGUCCAAAGCGGUGAGUUUGUCUGUAUAUUUA